UGUAAUCUGUGCUGUGGAGUUCAUAGUCUCUGGUGGUGCCAGUUAUUUAUUUAGUUUUAGUUGUCUGUGGUGCCAGUUACAAAAAAGAUGGCAGAUGCGAAGCAAGGUAAAACACCCGAGGACUUCUAUAAUGGGUCGACACAGUCACGUGUGGUACUUGCGAAGCCUCGACUGGAGUGCUUUGGGUCCUCCAGUUUUGCAUCCAGCUCUAGCAAAAGUUGUAACCCUUUUGGAUCUGUAUUACGCCCAGCACAGCUCUUAUCAGGAAAUAAUCCUUUUCUAAAAGUUCCCGACCCAGACAAGUCUAGUAAAGAGAAAGAUUCUGAAAGAUCUCCAGAGAAGAGUCAAGAAGUGGAAGCCCCGAAGUUUGUGCCUCUCGGUGCCACGAAUGCAACGCCGAGGACAACUACAUCAGUGCCGGCACCAGCUCAACCUCCAAGCACAUCCUCUUCAGGCUUUGUUUUUGGUCAGAAUUUGAGUGAGCGGGUAGUGAUUAAGGAGGCAGUCAACAAUGGUGAUGCAUCAUUGGAACACAGCUCAACAAAUGGAACAUCUGAAUUAUUGUUCACAAGUGCUGCCGCAUCUGUAAAAGACAACAGUCAGCCGCAAGAGGAAGCGACAAGCGGUGAAAGCGGCGAGGGUCUGGCGGCGGCGGCGGCGGAGUACGAGCGCUCGCACGCGCGCCCGCCGCCGCCCACCUCGUACUGCGCCAUGACGGGCGAGGAGGACGAGAUCAACGUGCUGCAGAUAUCGUGCCGACUAUUUGCAUGGGAGAGCGGCAGCUGGCGCGAGCGCGGGCGCGGCGUGCUGCGGCUCAACGACGGCUCGGCGGACAGCGCGGGCGGCGCGCGGCUCGUGGCGCGCGUGUCCGGCUCGCUGCGCGUCGUGCUCAACACCAAGCUGUGGCCCGACAUGGUGGUGGAGCGCGCCGGGAACAAGUCGCUGCGGAUCACCGCUGCCGACGCGCAGCAGCAAGUCAAACUGUUCCUGAUCAUGGGUGUUCCAGCAGAUAUCACACAACUGCACAAAGCGCUGAUGUCGCGCAUCUCGCUCAGCAAACGGAGUUCAAUAAGCGCCAAGGAGAACGAGAACAGCCAGCGAUCCGCCGAGAGACUAGAAGCGGCGGCGGAUGAGAACGAUUACCUAGAAAAAUCGGUCGAUGACUCCAAUCAAGAUGAUGAAGCCAAUUUUGAUGAAGAGCAAGCAAUUAGUGACACACCAGAGAUUAGGCGUGACGAUGAUAACCGAUUAGAAUGUAUUAACGACAAGACUGAUGAUAUAUCUAAUACAAAUGAGGAGUCGACAGAAGAUAAACAGGUUAAAGCGUUAAAACGGAAAGAGCCGGUCGACGACGAAACAUCGUCAAAGAGACAUUGCCAAGACAAUCAGUGAAUGUGAUAUUCAGUAUCAGUGUAAUAGUUUUUUGUGAAUUUAAUUUAAAAAUUUGAACUCAAUUCAAUGUAUUCCUUGCUACAAAGUCUAUGAAAUUUAUUAUCAACGUGAUGAGAGUAGGAAUAUUUAUGAUUAAAUUAAUAACUUUAAUGUUAUACAUCGGGUUAGUCAUAAUACGAUUAUCGGCGCAUCACUUGUCCUUUGUUAUAUAAAAUAUUAAUUAUUGUCACUUCAAAAUGUUGAGCACUACCUUAUCAGGAUUUAAUUUCCAGUCAAGAAUACGUAUCAAUAAUAAUAAUAAAUUAAUACUUUAUCAUUUACUAGCAGUUGCACUGCGGUUUUAUAGGGUUAAAAUAAAGCCUAUGUUCGAAUGAGUCAAGCAUAUUUAUCAGUAAUAAUAAAUUAAUACUUUAUCAUUUACUAGCAGUUGCACUGCGGUUUUAUAGGGUUAAAAUAAAGCCUAUGUUCGAAUGAGUCAAGCAUAUUUAUCAGUAAUAAUAAAUUAAUACUUUAUCAUUUACUAGCAGUUGCACUGCGGUUUUAUAGGGUUAAAAUAAAGCCUAUGUUCGAAUGAGUCAAGCAUAUUUAUCAGUAAUAAUAAAUUAAUACUUUAUCAUUUACUAGCAGUUGCACUGCGGUUUUAUAGUUCCUGUUCCUGUCGGGUUAAAAUAUUUAGAAUUAAAGAAUUUAUCAAAUUGGUCCAUUAGUUUUGGAGCCAAUUGAAACAAACAAACAAUCAAAUCUUUCCUCUUUAUAAUCCUAUUAAUAUUUUAAACGCGAAAAAUUGUAUGAAUGUUUGUAACUCUUUAACGCUGCAACUACUGAAGCGAUUUGGCUGAAAUUUGGAAUGAUAUAGAUUUAAAAAAAAAUUUUAAGAUUUCAGAAAAGUAGCGUAUGUGGAUUAACACAUAGGCUACUUUUCAUCUCCGAAAAAUCCAUGACCUCCGGGCGAUUUGUGAAAUCAAAUCAAACAAAAUUAUGAAUCAAAAUUCACAUUGUUGACUAAUUAAAUCGAAAAAUAUUUUUUAUGCUUAAAAGUACUUUUAUCUACAGACUCAAAGAACUUGUAAAUAAAUAAAAUUUUCCCUGAUCUUAGUUAAUAAUUUUUUUUUUUUUACUUGUUUACAGUGUAUCACAAUUUUCAUCACAUUUCAUGCUUUAUUAAAAUGAUUAUUUGACGUCUGCUUUUGCCGACAGUCUCAAGCGAUGUGCGAAUGAUGGGGCAAUAAGUAUAGUAGGAUGCAAUUUUUAUGUUGUCUCGGAAAUCAGCUGCGGAUGUCAUAAAUAAAGUCAAGGCAACUACGGGUAGGAGGGGCGCGCGGGGUGAGAUCAUGCCGCCGCGUUCCCACGUUACCGCUGAUAUCUAAAAUCUUGUAUUGCGCACAAUGUUCCGAAACUUUAUAGAGUUUGCAUGCUAUACUUAUGCAUAUGCAUAUAACACUUUAUGCAAAUGCUUCUCGCAGUGGCGUGCACAACAUUUUCAACUAGGAUACCAAAAAUCCUUCUCAAAUACAGGUUUCUAAUAAUUUCUCAGGGUAGGCAGUGUAUUUCUGCAUCUAUGAAGUGCACGUUGGCUUUUCGGUUGUAUUGUGGCAGUAUUAAAGAAAUAAAAGUGGAAGUGGAACUCUUAUAUUAUGCAUUAUUUAUGUAAUAUUAUGUAUAUUCAUUAAAUUAUUAUUGUGUAAUUUUGUUAAGUAAACAAUAUUUUUUGUUUAUUUAGUGAGGGUACUUUUUUAAUUUUGCGUCAUUUGCUUUGUUUGAAGUCGGUUGUGUUCGGCAUUUGAAGGGAUACAAAAUUAUGGAAUAUUUAGAUGUUGCAUAUUACGUAACUUUACAAUAUUAAAAGUUUGGCGUUAACACAUUCCAGUGUCUGUUGAGCGAAUGCACUAAAUAUUUGAUUCGGCCGGAGCUGAAUACCAAAUGAAUUAUUAAUAAUUAUGUAUGUGAUUUAUUUUCUCAAAUAUAAAAUUUAAAAUGUUCAA